CCCAUUCUCACCACGCAUGCGCGGCUCAGGGAGUGCGCAGCGCGGCGAUCGGCGGUGCGCUGUGUCCCUCGAACACAGAGGAUCACCGAUCAUGGAAAGAGCUGAAGAUGUCAGCUCGGUCAUGUGAUCAGCUGUGUCCAAUCACAGCUGAUCACAUGUAAACAGGGAAAUGUCGGUUAUCGGCAUUUCACUCCUCUCGAGCUGCCACGCUGACAGCUCGAGAGGAGAGGAGAGCCGGGGACAUGUACACUGAUCAUCAGGGCACUGAUGAUCAGUGUGCCCUGAUGAUCAGUGUAGCCCCGAUGAUCAGUGUAGCCCCAGCAGUGCCACCUGUCAGUGUCCAUCAGUGCCACAUCAAUGCCACAUAUCAGUGCCUACCCGUGCACAUCAAUGCCACAUAUCAGUGCCCAUCUGAGCUGCCUUUCAGUGUCACCCAUCAAUGCCAGUCAGUGCCACCUAUCAAUGCUGCCAAUCAGUGCCACCUAUCAGAGCCAGUCAGUGCCGCCAAUCAGUGCUGCCUAUCAGUGCCAUGUAUCAGUACUGCCUUUCAGUGCCCAUCAGUGAUGCCUGUCAGUGUCCAUCAGUGCAGCCUAUCAGUGCUCACCACUGAAGCCUCAUUAGCGCAUAUCAGUGAAGGAGAAAAAUCACUUAUUUACUAAAUUUUAUGACAAAAACUAAGAAAAAAACUUCUUUUUUUUUCAAAAUUUUCAGUGGUUUUUGGUUUGUUUAAGAUAAAAAUAA